UAAAAAAGGGGUGGAUCUGCAAAGAACUCUUGACCUAAAUUAAAAAAAUGUCCUCUCCAGCUCCCAAGAUAACUAAAAUAGCAGUCUAUCAAGUAGACCUCCCUCUGAAGGAAGGCAGCUACAAGUGGUCUGAGGGAAAGUCUGUCCAGACAUUCGAUGCAACCAUUGUUCAGGUGUCAACAGAUAUUGGAGUGACUGGCUAUGGAGAGUGCUGUCCACUGGGCCCAACCUACUUGCCAUCGUAUGCUGAAGGUUGCAGGGUAGGGAUAAAGACUCUUGCCCCUUCCCUGAUUGGAAAGAAUCCCCUUGAGCUCCUAAAACUGAACGAAUACAUGGAUAAGUGUCUCAAGGGUCACCCGUAUGUCAAGUCACCUAUUGAUGUGGCUUGUUGGGAUAUCUUGGGCAAAGUUACCAAACAACCCAUAGUCACUCUGCUUGGAGGCCGCUUCGGUGAGGAGUAUAACCUUUACAGAGCCAUUUCUCAAGGCACUGCUGAAGAAAUGAGACGAUCUGUGGAGAAGUAUCAGAGCGAGGGAUACAAAAUAUUCCAGCUCAAGGUCGGAGGUAAAAUAGACGAAGACAUUUCUCGAAUCAAGGCCUGUUCAGACAUCCUUGCACCAGAGGAGCUGUUGAUAGCAGAUGCCAACACUGGUUGGCUGAUGCACGAGGCUGUACGAGUGUGCAACGCUGUGAGAGACUACAGCAACGUCUACAUCGAACAGCCGUGUGCCACAUACGAGGAAAACGCUAGUGUUCGAAAGCAGUGUCAGCUACCGAUGCUAAUGGAUGAGAGCAUGGAUGAUGUUCAUGUCCUGAACAGGAUCAUUACAGACAAAUCAGCCGAUGGUAUCAAUCUCAAAAUUUCCAAAGUUGGUGGGCUGACGAAAGCAAGAAUGAUCCGAGAUCUCUGUGUCUCCGUAGGACUGGCCAUGAACGUGGAGGACACAUGGGGUUCCGACAUUGCCACGGCAGCCAUCUCACACUUGGCUCACUCCACACCUCCUCGUUACCUUCUCAUGAGCACAGACUUCAACAGCUACGUCUCCAAGGAUACGGCUGACGGGGCACCCAAGAGGGAGCAUGGUUGCAUGAGAGCCCCUGAAGGUCCUGGGCUGGGGAUAGAGCCAAAGAUGGCUGUCUUAGGAAAACCCCUCUUUGAGAUUUGUUAACAUUUCUAAUACCAACAAUUUCUAAUACCAAGGAUUUGUUUUGUACAAAUUCACAUUGUUGAAAGUGAUGUUUCAGUGUUCUGCUAUCACUAUAAUUCCUGUC